AAAGAGGAUCGAUCCAUCAGCUAGCUAUCCAUUGGACGCAGUCCGUGAGUGAAAAUGAGCCAUAGCCAUAGCACUAAGACAUCGUGGCCGGAGGUGGAGGGGAUGCCUGCUGAGGUGGCGAAGCGCAAGAUCCAGGAGGACCGCCCGGACAUCCAGGUGAUCCUUGUGCCUGUCGACUCCGCCGUGACCGAUGACUUCAACACCAAGCGCGUCCGCGUCUUCUUCGACAAGGCCGGCAACGUGGCACAAGUCCCCAAGAUCGGCUAGGGCAAAUAGUGUCGUUACUUCAGUUCUAUCCAGUCGAAGCUCAUCUUAGUUGUAUGCGGUGUUAUAUACAGUAUUAUGCACUCGUAUUUUAACUU